AUGACUAGAUUUACAAAAGAAUCUCUUAAUAUUCCUAAAUUAGAUAUGUUGACCGCUAUUCAAGCUUUGCAGAGAGGUCUCCAUAAAGGAUCUAAAUUCCAGGAAGAUCUCAUAAUGACGCCAUGCAGAAAUUUAGAUGAAGCAAAAGCAAGGGCAACAAGAUUUAUAAGGCUCAAAGAAAAUGAACUUACAACUUCGAAAGUAGAUGCCUUAUCAUAUGAUCGUCCAAAUCGGAAGGCAGAAACCCCAGUGUUUAAACCGAGACACAAACCUUACUCAAGACAUGUAAAUGAUCAAGUCAAUGUUGUUGAAGAAGAUGACAGGGUCGAAUAUCCAACUUUGGCAUCAUACUAUUUCUCUGUAGGAACUCCUGGCAUUAUAAUGACGCUUAGAGAUCUUGGAGACAAGGUGAGAUGGCCUCGGAAGAAAAAUGACGGAUACUUCAAGAAAAAAGAUCCUAGCCAGUGGUGUGCUUAUCAUGAAGACUUUGGCCAUAUCACCGAAGAUUGCAAGAUGUUAAGAAGAGAAAUAUCCACUUUAUUAGCAAAAGGAUAUUUGACAGAACUCCUUGGAAGGAAGAAGGCCAAAGAUGUUGAAGUCUUGGACUUUUCCAAACCAAAAUCAACACAAAAAGCAGAUUCCCCACCAGCGAAUGCAAAAGUAAUUAAUACCAUCUCUGGGGGAUCGGAAGUGUGUGGGACAACAUAUUCAGCAGCAAAAAGACUUGCAAAGCAAAGCAGAUAA